AUGAAUAAAUACUUAGCUUAUUAAUUUGUAGGAAAAAGUGAUGGUCUUCAUAAAUUGCCUGAUCAUAUUCAAAAAAUAAAGAAAUCUCUAGGUUUUGAAGAAAAGGAAAGAAAGGUAAUAGAAGAAUUAAUACCUUAAUUGAAAUAAAGAAUAAGAGCACAAUCUAUCCCUGAGAAAUAGAUUCCAAAAUAAAUACAUAUGAAUAAUCUUGCUAAAAAAUUGGCUCAUUUGAAGUAAGAGUAUGAUAAAAUUAAUGUUGAAUUAAAUAAGCAUUAAUCUUUUAGAACUUAGAUUACAAAUCCAAAAACAAGUUUUGAAUAGCAUUUCUUUUAAGUUGAAUAAUAGAUUCAUAUUUGGGAAGAAUAAAAAUCCAAGCUGUCUGAAUAAAUUAAAUAAAUUAAAAAAGAACUCUUUUUCUUGGAGAAUUAAUCAGAUACAUAUACUUCAAAAAAAAUAGUUACCAAUUAAUCUGUUUUAUUAAGUGAGUUAGUCACAAUUGAAAAAAAAAUACCUACUCCAUCUAAACUUCCUAAAAUAUUUAAUUAAGAAAGUCCUAUGUACACACAACCUAAACCAUUUCAUUCAGAUAUUAAAAUGUUAAAUAAUACAAAUGAUUCUAAUUUAAUAGAUUUAUUAGAAAGUGAUGAGGAUUAAGAUUUAAGACCAAGAACAAGAGUCACAAAAAUAAAAUAAAAAUAAUAACCAACUUUAGAAUAAAUAAUUAGUUAAUUAGAUUAGUUUGUUGUAAAGAAUGACAAAUUAUAACCUCAUAAAGAAGCAUUAAAAUAAUUUAGAUUGGCUUAGUAUGAGAAAUAUUUAAUGAAAUUACCCAAUAUUUAAAUAAAUACAAAUCAUGAUAUAAAAAGAUUAUAACCUAAUAAGAGAAUUAAGAAUAUAAAAUAUGGAUUUGCAGCUGUUUUCUUCUGCUUUUGUUUAAUUAAGUAAACUAAAAUAUCUCAACAAAGAUAUUAGUUAAUUUCUUAUUCUUAUCAUUAAAAUAAUUAUUAAAAAGCAAAUUAAGAAGUUUUAUUUUUUGUUAACAACGUAAUAGCUAAAUAGAUUUUAUUCAAAUUUAGUCGUUUGUAAUAACUUUAGAAAGCUGAAAAAAAACAGCAUAAAAUAAUGAUUCCAUUAAUAGCAGAGGAGAUUGUUAGAGAAAUUCUGUAGAAACUGACAAAUUAAAAGUUUUCAAAUUAAUUUUACAUUUUCUUAAAUUCUAUAUCACAAGAUGGAUUUUAUCCAUUAUAAAAUUAUCAUAGUGAUAUAAUCAAGUCAAGAUUUUAGAUAUCAAAAUAUUUUUCAUAUUUGUUGAAUGAAUGUAAAAAGUUUGUUUUCUUUGAAUUUGUUUUAAUUAAAAAUAUUAUCUUUUAUGGAUUGAUAUUUAAAGCUAAAGAAUUAUUUGGUUAAUUAAAAAUAGAUGCAGAUAAUGAAUUAAUUAAUUCUGUUACAUUAAUAUUAUUUGAACUAUUUUUAAGAACUUUACAAUCUGGUAUUAUAAAUGUAAACUUAAAACACUUUAGUUAUGCAUAAGCAGAUGGUCCUUAUAUAUAAAAGUAUUUAAAAGAACUAGAUCUAAUAAAAAUGAAAAUUUUAACUACUUUAUAAAUAGAUGAUAUGAUGAAACCAUUUAUUUAAAUGAUUGAAAAAUAACUUAUAAAUUACUCAUAAUGA